AUGGCGGGAAUAAAUUUUGCUAGUGAAGAGGAUAGGGAACGAUAUGAAGAAAUUGUGAGGAUGACCAAUGCAAGCAGGCAACAAAUUAAUGAUGAACUUGAAGCGAUUUUUAUGAAUAAAAAAGCGCAAGUUGUGAAUUCUUCAAUUACAGCUGAACUGCAAAAAAUAUUGAAAAAAUACGAGGGAAACAAAAAAAAGCCAGCUGUUGCACUGUCUGCAAACAAGGCUACACUUGCAACCCGAAAUGUAGCAUAUCAAUAUGUGCCUGAUAAUUUUAAUUUUAUUUUUGAAGCACCAAAUACAGCGAAAAUUAUGCCAAAAGUUUUAAAUACUUGGAAUGGGUAUUAUUUUGGAGAGCCAUCUGCAAUGGCGACUCAAGAGCUUGAAAAUCAGCUGGAAAAAAUGACGAGACGAUAUAAAGACUCAUUUGGAAUUGAGGAAUUCCAAAGGCUGACUCAGAUGUCUGGACAAGAAACAAUUUCUGUGGUUGGAAGGGUUUGUAUUGAUGAUAGGGAUGAAAAAAAUGAUAUUUAUUUGGAAGAUAUAUCAAGUUCAGUAGCUUUGGAUUUGAAAGCACUUCCUGAGUAUGUACUGUUUAAUGGACAAAUUAUUAUUGCAAAAGGGACUUGCGAUUCUUUUGUGUUUUCUGCUGAGCAAAUUGGAACUGAAAUCAACCUUGAAUGGAUAGAUAGAAAAUCAUCAGAGUGGGCCUAUAAUGAGCCUCCUGUCAUUGUUGCGGUUGCUGCCGGACCUUUUACGGACCCUGAUAAUUUAGAAUAUCUUCCACUCCAGCGGUUUAUAGAUACUAUUGCUAAUAAUGUAAACAGUUUAAUACUUAUUGGCCCUCUAGUAGAUGCAGAGCACAGAAUAAUUAAAUGUCAGCAAAUUAAUAGCCAAUUUUUGAAUGUUGAAAAUGGUACCUAUGAAGAUCUUUUCAAUGCUUUAUCAAAUUACAUAAAUUCACGUUUUAAAGAAGUCAUUAUUGUUCCAAGUAUUAGAGAAAUGACUCAUUUUUACCCGUUACCUCAGCCACCUUAUGAUGGCAUGAGCGCCUCAAACCCAUGCACAUUAAAAAUUAAAGAUGUUACUAUUGGAAUUGUGCCAUACGAUUUAUGAAAAGAAGUUAUAUCAUCAUCUACCUACAAAUCUAGGUCAAUGAUCAAUAAAAUUGAAGUAGCAAGCCACCAAAUCCUUCACCAGCUCAGCUAUUUGCCUGUAUAUCCAUCAGAUCUACCAGUAGAAUAUGCCCAUUAUUCGAAAUUUCAGCUUGAUAAUCCACCACAUAUCAUUUUAACAAGUUCAAGCAUGGCACUUCAAACUUUUAGGGAGGGUGGAACGAUUUGUGUGAACAUACAAAAUUUAUUAAAAUCGCCAGGGCAGGUGACUUAUUGUCUAAUUAAUAUAGCAUCUCCGAUGGUGAAUCAGGAAAGAAUUGCAGUAAAAAUUGUAAAAGAUUCAUUUCAAUAA